AAGGACAGAAUGGUCCCAGGGUUCCUUCUUCCUUCCAGUUAAGACCUCAUAAUGGGGAUGGGCCAGGGAUGGUGUGGGGGCCCCAAGCUCCCAGCUCCCUAAGGCCCCUGCCUCUAUGCCCUUUGAGCUCAGGUAUCCCCUGCCCCCCUCACUCUCUGCUCUUUCUCAUCUUCUCCUCUUCCUGUGUGUAAAUAUUAAAGAGCUGAGCCUGCAGGGCUGAUGUAGACAUGGGGAGAGAAUGAAAUUAAAAAGGAUUCCCUCGCCCCCAUCCCGACACCCCCACCCCGCAGUACCCUGCUCCUGCCUCCUCCCCUCUCUCUUCUCCCCUCCUCUCACUCAGUGCUUCCACAUGUCUCUCCUCCCCCCAGUCCAGAUGGGAGCUGGCUUCUUCAGAAAGGGGGCUCAGAACAGGGUGUGGGGAGCCACCUCUCUCUGCCUCCCCCCACCACAUCUGCCUACAGGGCUGGGAGCCCCCACGCUCAGGUCGGGCAGCAUUCUGGAGGCCAGGGGCAGCAUCAGCCCAAGUCUCAUCAAACACGUGCAAAUAUGAGAAGGUGCUAGGAUGCUAAAGUCAAGAGAAACCAACAUGUGGAGACGGAUGUGCCAGUUGCCUUGGACAGAUCAGCUUAUUUUCUCAUUGCCACAUCCUUAGGAGGAGCCAGUGGUCCUGAGCCUUCUGAAGUUAGGAUUCUGCCUGGUGGUGUGGAUCCUGAAACCAAGGAUGGGACACCCCGGAUGGAGAUUUCUGGGGCCUGGCCCCCAACACUGUGAAGAGCUCUUGCUGAGGCCAUGAGGGGUUAUCAUGGCGACCGAGGCAGCCAUCCCCGCCCAGCCCGCUUUGCUGACCAGCAGCAUAUGGACGUGGGCCCCGCUGCCAGGGCCCCAUACCUGCUGGGCUCCGGGGAGGCCUUCUCCAGUGAGCCCCGCUUCUGUGCCCCAAGAGCUGGCCUGGGACACCUUUCUCCUGAAGGGCCCCUGAGCCUGAGCGAGGGGCCAUCCGUAGGCCCCGAGGGAGGGCCAGGAGGGGCCGGGGUUGGGGGGGGUAGCAGCACCUUCCCCAGGAUGUACCCUGGCCAGGGCCCCUUCGACACCUGUGAAGACUGUGUGGGCCCCCCACAGGGCAAGGGUGCCCCCCGCCUGCCUCCCACACUUCUGGACCAAUUUGAAAAGCAGUUGCCAGUUCAACAAGAUGGCUUCCACACGCUGCCAUACCAGCGAGGUCCAGCAGGGGCUGGGCCCGGGCCAGGGCCGGGGCCUGGCACUGCCCCUGAGGCCCGCAGCGAGAGUCCCAGCCGUAUCCGGCACCUGGUUCACUCUGUGCAGAAGCUGUUUGCCAAGUCCCACUCUCUGGAGGCUCCAGGGAAGCGGGACUAUAAUGGGCCCAAGGCUGAGGGAAGAGGUGGCUCCGGGGGAGACAGCUACCCUGGCCCGGGCUCUGGAGGCCCCCACACCUCCCACCACCACCAUCACCACCACCACCACCACCACCACCAGUCCCGGCAUGGCAAGAGGAGCAAGAGCAAGGACCGCAAGGGGGACGGACGGCACCAGGCCAAGGCCGCGGGCUGGUGGAGCUCCGAUGACAACUUGGACAGUGAUAGCGGCUUCCUGGCGGGUGCGCGGCCCCCUGGUGAGCCUGGUGGUCCCUUCUGCCUGGAGGCUCCGGAUGGGUCCUACCGGGACUUGAGCUUCAAGGGGCGCUCUGGUGGGUCGGAAGGCCGCUGUCUUGCCUGCACUGGCAUGUCCAUGUCACUGGAUGGACAAUCCGUCAAGCGAAGUGCCUGGCAUACCAUGAUGGUCAGCCAGGGCCGGGAUGGAUACCCAGGGGCCGGGCCAGGCAAGGGGCUCCUGGGUCCGGAGACCAAGGCCAAAGCCAGGACUUAUCACUAUCUGCAGGUGCCGCAAGAUGACUGGGGGGGUUACCCUACUGGGGGCAAGGACGGGGAGAUCCCCUGCCGCAGGAUGCGGAGCGGCAGCUACAUCAAAGCCAUGGGGGAUGAGGAGAGCGGAGACUCAGAUGGCAGCCCCAAGACAUCUCCCAAAGCUGUUGCCCGGCGCUUCACCACCCGUCGCUCCUCCAGCGUGGACCAGGCUCGGAUCAACUGCUGUGUCCCACCCCGGAUCCACCCCCGGAGCUCCAUCCCUGGCUACAGCCGUUCCCUCACCACCGGACAGCUCAGCGAGGAGCUGAACCAGCAGCUGGAGGCCGUGUGCGGGUCCGUGUUUGGGGAGCUUGAAUCCCAGGCGGUGGACGCCCUGGACCUGCCCGGCUGUUUCCGCAUGCGGAGCCACAGCUACCUCCGGGCCAUCCAGGCCGGCUGCUCUCAAGACGACGACUGCCUGCCCCUCCUUGCUGCCCCUGCCUCUGUCUCAGGGAGGCCCGGCUCCUCCUUCAACUUCAGAAAGGCCCCUCCCCCCAUCCCACCUGGAAGCCAGGCCCCGCCCCGCAUCUCCAUCACCGCCCAGAGCAGCACCGACUCCGCCCACGAGAGCUUCACCGCGGCGGAGGGCCCGGCCCGGCGCUGCAGCUCCGCCGACGGGCUGGACGGGCCCGCCAUGGGCGCGCGCACCCUGGAGUUGGCGCCGGUGCCACCCCGGGCCAGCCCCAAGCCCCCUACACUCAUCAUCAAGACCAUUCCAGGCAGGGAGGAGCUGCGGAGCCUGGCGCGGCAGCGGAAGUGGCGGCCGUCCAUCGGGGUGCAGGUGGAGACUAUCUCCGACUCGGACACGGAGAACAGGAGUCGAAGAGAGUUCCACUCCAUCGGUGUACAGGUGGAAGAAGACAAGAGGCGGGCGAGGUUCAAGCGCUCCAACAGUGUGACAGCCGGCGUCCAGGCAGACCUGGAGCUGGAGGGCCUGGCCGGCCUGGCCACAGUGGCCACAGAAGACAAGGCCCUGCAGUUCGGACGCUCCUUCCAGAGGCACGCCUCUGAGCCCCAGCCCGGGCCCCGGGCCCCCACCUACUCAGUCUUCCGCACGGUCCACACGCAGGGCCAGUGGGCCUACCGCGAGGGCUACCCACUGCCGUACGAGCCGCCGGCCACCGAUGGGUCACCCGGCCCUGCCGCUGCCCCUACCCCCGGCCCCGGGUCCGGCCGCCGUGACUCCUGGAUGGAGCGCGGCUCACGGAGCCUCCCCGACUCAGGCCGCACGUCCCCCUGCCCACGGGAUGGCGAGUGGUUCAUCAAGAUGCUGAGGGCGGAGGUGGAGAAGCUGGAGCACUGGUGCCAGCAGAUGGAGCGUGAGGCGGAGGACUAUGAGCUGCCGGAGGAGAUCCUGGAAAAAAUCCGCAGUGCUGUGGGCAGCACACAACUUCUCCUGUCCCAGAAGGUUCAGCAGUUCUUCCGGCUGUGUCAGCAAAGCAUGGACCCCACUGCGUUCCCCGUGCCCACCUUCCAGGACCUGGCGGGUUUCUGGGACCUCCUGCAGCUCUCUAUCGAGGAUGUGACCCUCAAGUUCCUGGAGUUACAGCAACUCAAGGCCAACAGCUGGAAACUCCUGGAGCCUAAGGAGGAGAAGAAGGUCCCUCCGCCGAUACCAAAGAAGCCCUCGCGGGGCCGGGGCGUGCCGGUGAAGGAGCGCUCCCUGGACUCGGUGGACCGGCAGCGGCAGGAAGCGCGCAAGCGGCUCCUGGCGGCCAAGCGUGCCGCCUCCUUCCGCCACAGCUCGGCCACCGAGAGCGCCGACAGCAUCGAGAUCUACAUCCCCGAGGCCCAGACCAGGCUGUGACCGGCCCGGCCCGCCCAGCCCGGGCCUGGGCCCGCGGUUUUCUACCCGUACUGUACACCCAGCGUCGAGGUCACUGUGAACGCGGGCCGCCCGUGCGCCCGCCCCGCCGGCACCGCACGCCCCGGCCCCUCCUGCCCGUCACGCUCUCGUGGGUUUUUUACCUUCCUGACCCCACGCGAAGGCGCCCGGGCUGGGCUGGGGGCCGUGCCUCUCCGCCCGGCGCCCCCACCGGGACCCCACCUCCCUCCUGGUCCGACGCUUCGUCCCCACCUCCUCCCCACGGGCACCAUCUCUGCCAUUACUUUCCCCCACGGGCCAGGCCGGGCCGGGUCCCCCAUCUGGGCUCUGCGUCCCCCCCACCCCGCGGGGCUGGGCUUCGUGGGGAAUCAAGCUUCGUGGCUUUUUAUGAAGAAUCCCGAACCCCGCCCAGGAGCCCGCCCCACCCUCCCAGGGGCUCCACCCCCAGCCCUCAGCCCACCGGGCCCAGGGACCACAGUGGCUGGACCAACCCAGGACCAGGGCGCCUGGGCCUCUCCCCUUUCCCAGCUAGCUGCUAGGGAGGGGAGAUGGGGGCUUCCCCUCACCACACCUGUGGCUGUUCCCACAUCCCCUUGAGUAUCCCAGGAAAAAUAAAACGGCAGAACUGCACUUGAACCAGCUGCUCUCUCCAGAAGAAGCCACCUCUGCCCGUGGGUGGGGGACCGGAGGUGGAGGGAGGGGAGGCCAGGAGCCCACGCGUUUGGUUUGGGGAGAGCUGGGUUGCCUGGGCCAGCUGGAGGAAAGGG